AUGGGCCGAGACGGUGGCUUUCACCCAUUCAAGGGUAGGGUUAGCAGACACUUUGCCGAUUCGUUAGCGCCAGACGAUGCGUACUUAAGUUACGAGAAGCUUUCAGUAACAAAAGAAGAUGUCGAUACGCUCAAGAAUGACUGGCUAACCGAUAAUACAAUUGCCUUUUGGGAGGAGUACCUUGAACGUGAAGAGCUAUGUAAACACCCCUCAAGUCAUAUAGUUCUUCUUCGCCCUUCCAUGGCGUUUAUGCUCAUGCAGACGCCUGACCCGCUCACUCUCAAGGAAGCGCUUCCUAACUUUUCACAAACAACUCAUAUUUUCCUCCCUAUAAACGAUGCACCCUCCGUUACUGUUGCCGAAGGGGGCUCUCACUGGUCGCUACUUCUGGUCUCUGUAAUCGACGGUGUUGCUUUCCAUUAUGAUAGUCUAACACCUUCAAACUACAAUGAAGCGAAACUGGCGACUGAUAAGCUCUCUAUCCUCUUAGGGAAAAGUCUGAGAUUCAUAAAUUUGAAAGAUAGCCCUCAGCAAGAAAAUAGCAGCGAUUGCGGUAUUUUUGUGUGUAUCCAAAUGCGUCACUUGCUGUUGAAAAAAUUAUUAAGUGCAAAUUCGAGAGAGAAAGUAUCUAUGAGUAUGAGCGGAAAGCUAGUGGACGCAAGUGGUGGUAGGAAAGAGAUUUUAAAAACUAUUGAAGGGUUUAGAAAGGAAGACAAGAUGAAUCACAUUCUUCUCCUUUCUCAAAAUUCAAGGGUGACCCGAGAAAUCCACCAAGAAUUGAUUGAGUAUCUUUAUGCUAAAAUUAAUUUCUAA